CCCUUCCGCACUGCCCCGCUGCCCGAUAUUACGCUGACCCGGCUGGGUCGCAUCGGCAGCUGGCGGCGGGGGGUCGGAAGCCGCAGAGUAGCCCCCCGCCUACUCGCCCCGUCGAGCGACUACUGAGGCCUCUCCCGAGGUCCUGUCGGGGCCCGCCUCCUGCCCGAGCCCGCUGCCCGCUUCCCGCUCCGCCCCGCUUCCUGACCCGCCCGUUCCGGUGCAGGUGGCCAAGAUGGGGACACCCCAAAAGGAUGUUACAAUAAAACCCGAUGCCCCAAACACGUUACUGUGGGAGAAACAUGCGGACUAUAUUGCUUCAUACGGAACAAAGAAAGACGAUUAUGAAUACUGUAUGUCGGAGUAUUUGAGGAUGAGUGGUGUUUACUGGGGGCUGACAGCCAUGGAUCUCAUGGGGCAGCUGCACAGAAUGAACAAAGAAGAAAUUCUGGAAUUCAUCAAAUCAUGUCAACAUGAAUGUGGUGGAAUAAGCGCCAGCAUAGGUCAUGAUCCUCAUCUUCUGUAUACCCUCAGUGCUGUCCAGAUUCUUAUCUUAUACGAUAGUCUCCAUGUUGUUGAUGUAGAUAAAAUUGUUGAAUAUAUUCAGAACUUGCAAAACGAAGAUGGUUCAUUUGCUGGAGACAAAUGGGGAGAAAUAGAUACAAGGUUCUCCUUCUGUGCUGCAGCAACUCUUGCCCUUCUGGGAAAGCUGGAUGCUAUUGAUGUGGAGAAAGCAGUAGAAUUCGUUUUGUCCUGUAUGAACUUUGAUGGAGGAUUUGGUUGUAGGCCAGGUUCUGAAUCACAUGCAGGACAGAUCUAUUGUUGCACAGGAUUUCUGGCUAUAACAGACCAGUUGCAUCAAAUAAAUGUUGAUUUGCUGGGAUGGUGGCUUUGUGAACGUCAGUUACCUUCUGGAGGUCUCAACGGACGACCAGAAAAGUUACCUGAUGUAUGUUACUCGUGGUGGGUGUUGGCGUCUUUGAAGAUGAUUGGUAGGUUACAUUGGAUUGACAGGGAGAAACUGCGCUGCUUUAUUUUGGCUUGCCAGGAUGAGGAGACUGGAGGAUUUGCUGACAGACCCGGAGAUAUGGUGGAUCCAUUUCACACCUUAUUUGGAAUUGCUGGACUAUCUUUAUUAGGAGAGGAACAAAUUAAGGCAGUCAAUCCUGUCUUUUGUAUGCCAGAAGAUGUCCUUCAAAGAAUAAAUAUACAGCCUGAGCUUGUGUGCUGAGCCUCAAAAGUCGAUGGUGCCCCGUUGCUUUGGUUUUACUGAUUUAAGUCAUCUUACCUCUGAAACUAUUAACAUAUUCUUUGGGAUAUGUUUACAAUAAAGUAAGCGAAGCAAUAGCUUUGCUAUGGGCUUUGUUACUUUGUAACUGUAUGGAAACGGGCUGGCUCUAAUAAUGUGAGUGUAACAUGUUCUCUGGUUGUAUAUAAGAGAUGUAGAAACAUUUCUAAUAUAUAUCUGAAUACAUUGGCUUUUUUUUUUUAAUAUUCAAGUCAAACUAAUAGUGUGAAUGCUUAAUUUCUGUGUCUGUCUUUACACAAGCAUGUUUUCAUGGUGGAUCACAAAGCACUUUAAAAGCAUAUGGAAAAAAAAAACAAACAAAACCCCACUAAUGCCAUGCACUUACUGCCUAUGUAUUUAAUUCAGCCUGUUAACAUUUGCCAUCACUUUUGCAUGGUGAGAAAUGAACUUUUUCUUCUGAUAUUAAUAGAUACAGUGAAAACAGAAAUUUUGGUUCCAUUAAGAAUGUCAGUGCCCCUUAGACAAAAUUUAAUUUAUUUGAAGUAGAGCAUACCUAGAGUACAUCUACUUGAAUACUGGUAAUUGUAAGCAUACUAAAGAAAGUCUCUCUAGAACAGUGACUUGUAACUGAGUAUAGAGUUGAUGCUAAAUUUGUUGCUGGUUUAAAAUCCUGCUUUUGUAGCUUUUAAAACAUUAAUUGCCAACUCUUGAAUAUGGUGUAAUUGAGAAUAAAACUAACUGUGGAAUAUA